AAAACAAAAAAGUGACCUUGACCAUGGUCCUUAUUAGGCAUUGCAACAAUUAACCUUUUUUUCUCAAACACUUAGCCUUCACGUGCUCACGUUAACACCCCACUCCACUCAUUUAUAAGCGACGAGUAGUAGCAGUUGCAGUGGUAAAAAUAAAAAAAAAGUGUUGAGUGUUGAGUGUUGAGUGUUGAGUGUUGAGUCUUGACAUGCACUCUCUCUCCGUCUCGCCAUGAGAAAAAGACGAAAAAGAAGCCAUACCCAGAAGAAGCAGAAGUUGUACUAAAAAGGAAGAGUUGAAGGACAGAGAGAGAAAGCCCCCACCAAAAUUGAGAGAAAAAGAAAAAAAAUGUGCUACGUGGGCAAAGCAACAAAGAUCUUCAUCUUCAUAGUGACGGUGCUGCUUGUUCUCGGCCUAGUCUUGGGAUUGGGACUCCUCCGCCGCCACCACCACAACUCCGCCGCCAAUAAAUGCUCCGAUGGCUCCUGCAUUCCUCCACCAACCACAUUUCCAAACCCCAAUUUCAAUUCACCAACCCCACCCUCCCCCAUUGAUAACCCCACCACCCCACCAACUCCUCCGCUUCCAAAUCCAACUCUUCCUCCUCCUCCUCCUGACUCCAACCCAUCUUUACCACCGCCGCUCCUCCAGUCUCCGCCUCCUCCUCCUCCGCCGGAAACCACCCCUCCUAAUCCACCUAGCGUGGCGGCGCCGCCUACGAAUUCACCUACUCCUGGGUCGGCGAUGGUGACCCCUGGUCCAGUGCAUGCUAUUGCCUAGCUUGGAAUCUGCAUUAUGCAAUUGCGGCAAUUAAGGAAAAGGGGUGGUGGAUCUGAGGGGUUCUUAUUUUUUAUUUUUUAUUUUUAUUUUCUUUUACUGAGGGGAUUUAAUUAGUGAAUUUGAAGAGUGAGAUAGUGGGGGGUACUUUUCGUUUUUGUGGUGAAUUUACAGAGGCGUCCCUGGAGAUAGAUUGAUUUUCAAAGAUGACACUCACUGUCACUCAAGUUAACUUUCUUAUGUCUGCAUAUUCCUUUGCUUCAAUUCAAUCCUUGUUGUUAUUAAUAUUAUUACCA